AUGGAUAAUAUUGACGAUGUCGAAACGCUGUGCCGUAUCUGUUCGUGUCCCGGGUCGCACAAUAUUUUCGCACGCAUACCAGCCUACUGCCAUGAACACUAUCGAGAAUAUGCUCGCUGGAAGCAGCCCAUUUUUCAGCUGAUAGCAGAAGUUACCGGCAUUAAGGUAACAAUAAACGAUGGCUUACCGAAGCGAAUAUGCGUCCUCUGCAUUUCGUAUCUCAAGCACGCGUAUACCUUCCGGCAACAGGCAAUUGACAAUAUGGCAAGUUUGCUAGCUGCUAGCUAUCUGUCCAACAGCCUACCGAAAGCCAAAGAUCCAUCGGUCGACAACGAACGGGUGAUAGGCCGAGAUGAAAUCAUUUCCACCGAGGAUGGUACUGCAUACCGGUCCGUUAAUUUGACCAGCGCAACGAACACACGAAACGUCACAAAACCACCCACAAAGAAGCCGGCCAUUAUGCAUCGCUUUGUGGCUAAACCACCGAACAACAAUGUGGAAGAAGAACUGGUAGAGCCUAGCAGUGGACUUUUCGGUUACCGGGAGAAAGAAUUCAUCGAAGACGACGUGAUGGAGCUGGACGGACUGCAAGAGCACGGCGUAUCGUUCGCCCUGCCGGAAGACUACAAAGAAAAGAAAUGUUUCGCGUGCCGGAAGCGGUUCAUGUUUUCCGAAACGUACGCCCAACAUUUGACCGAAUGUUUGCUGUACAAGCUGACCGAGGCGAUCCGUUCACUGUACCACAUCAUGUACCUGCGAGAGCAAAGCGCCAUUUCAGCCUUCGAAUUUAUCCGACGAGCCGUAUUUACGGUGCGCAAAUGCAACCGGUUGGUGCAGUCGUACGACGGCGAGCUGGAUGAAGAUGUUGCGGCUGGAGAAACGGUAGACACCGGCAACGAUAAUAUAGAUGUACCGGGAAUGGGUACAAAAUCACCUACCGAAUUCCUGCCGGCUCAAGCUUACACAAGAGUUGAGCUUGAUUCACUAAGCGACAGUGGCUCGUCCGGUUCACCCAAAACUAAACCAACGUUACCAGAUCCAACACACUUUUACCGCACGGGUAUGAACAAUCAUCAGCUGCUGUCUGCUGGAAGUAUGAUGGGACAGCAUCCAAUCGUACUGCGUACGCCGGAAUCAUUCGUAUUGCAUACGAACGUAGAUAUUAUCAAAAAUCGACUCACCAAAAGUGGCCCCGAAGAGGUGAACGAAAGCAACGUUAGUGAUCGUUACAAAACGAUCAAAUGUAAGCAGUGCGAGGCACGGUUCUGUACGAUUUCCCAUCUGGACGAGCACACGAUCAAGGUACACCAGCGACGUGUGUGAAACGAUCCGUU